AUGAAUAACGUUUUGUCCUUCAUUGUAGUAACAUUACUGAGUAUUUUUAUUUAUGUCUGUUAUUUAUAUAGCUUGCAUAAUGAAUAUUUAAAUAAUUAUAGUAGAAUAGUUAGAAUUCUAUUAGGAGUAUUUAGCAUACCAUUUUUUAUUUGUUAUUACUGGUCAUUUGUAAAAUGUUCUAUUUCUAAUCCAGGAUAUGUCGACGAUUCAUGGGAAAUAAAUGCAGAGGAAAAUAAUAUACAAAUAGAAAAAAAGAAAAUAAGAAAUUACACACCUAAUAAAUAUACUAUUUGUGAUAAAUGUAAUUAUUUGGUUAGACCUGAAAGAGCGCAUCAUUGUAGAUCUUGUAAGAAAUGUGUAUUAAAAAUGGAUCAUCACUGUCCAUGGAUAGGAACAUGUGUUGGGGAAAAAAAUUUGAAAUUUUUUUUUCUAUUUUUAUUAUAUGGUUUUCUUAUAACAUUAUAUAUAACUAUGACAACCAUGCCCAAAUUUAUUAUGUCUCUUUAUGCAAAAAAAAAUAUGGCACAAAUAAAUUUAAAUCAUGCUACCCUUUUAAUUACUAUUUGUGCGGCAUUAACACUAUUUUUAGCAUUGCUUUUCAUGAAUUGCCAAUAUAUAUACUUUAUUUCUCGGAAUCUUACUGUUAUAGAAUCUUCAUAUAGUGAUAUAAAUCCAUAUGAUUUAGGUAUAUAUAAUAAUUGGAAAAUGGUUUUUGGAGAAUUCAAAUGGGAGUGGUUUUUUCCUCUUGAUCCUGAAAAUUUAUGUCAUACAAAUUGUUUAUAUCCUUUAAAUGAUAGAUACGAGAAUAUUAGUAACAUUGAUAUGGAAGAUUCAUUUUUAGCUAGUCAUAAUUUUAAAUCAAAAGAGGAAAAUGCUUUAUGUGAAUCUUCUUAA